AUGAUGACUAGAAAAAGGAGGGAGAACAAACUGAGCGUGCUUGUGGUAUUGGAAGGAAUCAAGGCCUCCAAAGAUAGGACAGGUAUUGCACCGCUAUGCAAGGCUAUGCGAGAAGUGAAUAAUGAUGAGGAUGAAAUAUUGGUUCUCACAAUUCUCCCUGCGAAGGAGGAAUCUGCGACUGGAACGUCUUCUGAUGUAGGCAAUAGUGAAUGUGGGCCAGAUCAUCAUCAUCUUCAAUGUAAUCAAUCAUGGGGACAAGAUUCAUACAUCAACUUCCUCCGCCAAGAGAUCACUCAGAAAAUGGAGGUUUACCGCCGGACUUUUAGGCCUUUUUAUGAUACUUGCAAAACAAAUGGAGUCAAAUUUCAGGUGAAGAUUGCUGCAUGUUUCCGGCUGAAGGAUAUUAUAAUAGAGGAGGUUAACAAUGCCAAGGCCACUUGGAUUUUUAUGGAUAGAUAUUUUACUAGGGACCUCAGUUUCCGACUCAGUGGCGCCGAAUGUAAUGUAUCAUUGAUUGGUGAUGACGACGAAUCCAUGGUUCCUGAUCACUUGCUUUUAUGUGAUGGAUCAGAAUGUUCAAUGGUCGUGGAAGAAAGACUAAACCCAAAAUCUCCAAAGCCCAUGAAUGGAUCCACACAACAGGAACCGUGUAUAAAUUGUUCUUUGGCUGUACUUGAACUCUCUUCUCCAUCUCUGGCAAGUACAAGAAAAGAGAGGGGAAAGCAAAAAAUAUCUGAGCCACAAGAGCAAAAUAAAAACGUAGGAAGCUUGGAGCCACUCAAAGAAGAGAUAACUCCACAUGAAUAUACUCCAAUAAAAUACGCAGACGCCAAUAUGAUGCUUGGUGUACCAGUGCAGUUAAGCUGGGAAGAGAUUAUGGAUAUUACAAGUAAGUUUUCGACAAAGUUCUGUGCGAGGCAGAAGAACUAUAUGACCUAUACUGGAUAUUUGACCCAACAACAGAAGUAUGUCUUGGUAAAGAGAUUCACAGGAAAUUCUAGCCGCAUUUUUCAAGCAGAAAAUAAAGCAGCCUUGUCUAUUAACCACAAAAACAUAAUGCAGCUACUUGCUUACCACAAAAGUGAUACUACUACAGUUUUACUCUACCCCCUACCAAUAGAAGGAACACUGGACGAUAUUCUUUCCGGCUUGGGGGAAUAUAAACUGAAACUGAAAUUUCAACAAAAAUUGAAGAUCGCCAUAGGUAUUGCUCAAGGCGUUCGAUACAUGCACGAAGAGUGUCCUGGAGGCCCAGUUGCUUAUGGUCAAUUACAGCUAAGCAACAUUUUUCUAAGAUACGACUUAGAGCCAUUGAUCUCUGGCUUUGGUAAAGCAAAAUGGAUUCAUCUUGAACAACCAUCAUCUAUUUUUGAUAAGAGGUAUCUUAAGGAUCCUUUGAACCAUGGAUCAAUGGAAUUACUGAAAUCAGAUGUCUAUUCCUUUGGAGUUCUGCUCUUAAGGCUCUUUUGUCGGCGACAGUUACCAGAGGACGACAGAAGUUUGAUUGAGUUGGCUCGGCCUUUGUUGCUGGAAAGGAAAUUCCAUGAAUUAUUGGAGGAGAACUGGGAGAUCUCCGACAUGCAUGGAUUUUACAGGGUGAUGGCUGCUGCAAAUCAAUGCACACAAACUAAGCCAACUUCACGACCCUUUAUGAGUGAGGUGAUUUCCAUUCUUAAAGGAGAUAAUUUCAGUGAUAUAGAACCAUCUUCAUCUAGCAGCAGUUCUUAUUAAGAGGAAGCAGAAACAUAUAUCCCAGGCCUCCAUAAAAACUCAAUUGUUGUAAUGUAUUUACAUCAAAAAUAUUAUUGUAUCAGCCUCAUUGCCCAAAAACAAUGAAAUGUGAGGAAAUAUUUAAAACCUUUACAG